UUUAUAAGAUCACCAGUUUGCAUUUUUUAAAACAAUGAAUGAAGAAAUUGAUGAAUCUGAGUUUUAUCAUCAAGAUUUUACAACUGCAUCAGAAUGGGAAAUAUUUAUUGCACGUGUUGAAGAAAUAAUCAAUCAAUGGAAAACAGAGGAUUUGAAAGAUGAACAAACAGAAUGCGAUUUAUCUCCGGAGUGGUUUAUUAAGAGUGAAAGUCUGUCCUUUGUAGAUUUCGAUUUUAAUUUGUCACUUCAUAGAAAACGGCAUAUUAAAGAAAACAAUGAAGCUGCAGAUCCCAGUAAUACGAAAAAUCCAUUUGACAACUAUUACGACUUUGAGUUGCAUGAUCCAAAAAAUGUUGUGGAACACUCUUGCUUAAGCAGAUGGUAUGGGCUUAAUGAAUACAUAGUAUUAGGGCCCGCUGGAAAUGUUGGUAUUACUUCUGAAAGUCGUAUAAAAGUUUUGCUGAGUUCAGUUUAUGUUGCAUCUGCCAAUUUAAAAUGUGAGGUUCCCAUCUUCGUCCAAAUUAGGGAAAAGUGGCAAAAUUGUUAUUUAGGAGUUUAUGAAUCAGAUACGGUACGCACAAAUUUAGAAAUGGUGCAUUUAAAAACUUGUCCAAGGUUAUGCCAAUAUUUGUCAGGAUUACUAGAAUUAUUUAAAUCUAAAAUAUUAUCCCCAACUAUGAUGACAACUAUAAUAGUUUCCCUUCAAUCGUCGUAUGUUCUACAUGAUUUUGGAACAUAUGUGUGGAAACAAGAUUAUGCAAAUUUUGAGAAUGAUCACUUUGAUGGAAAUUAUAUUUGUAACUUGCCAUUUGGGGUUACAAUUGAUCCUGUUGAGUCACUAAUUGUUAAAACUUCAUGGUCCCAUUUAAAUCACAGGGCUGUUCGAGACAGUGAGAGUUAUAGCGACUUUGACCCAAUGUUGGCGGCAAAAUGGACAGUUUUAAUUUCAACAGCAGAACAACCUAUUUGUUUACUGGGAGAAUGUCUUACUGAAGUUUUACAUUUACUGAACAACAAUUCCGCAAUCUAUGACGUGUUAGGAGAUUUUGCAGCACCUGUAUCAUCAGAUAUUAAUAAUCCAUUAGAUUUAUUAACGGAGACGAAAGUUCCCGCUAUUUCAACACUCCUUUCAAGAGCUGCUAGAAAUUCUUUGACAAAAAGUCACAGAAAGGGUAUAGCUCCUUUGUCAGAAGAGGUGUUGGUUCCAAUAUUGUACUUUUUGUUUCCUGAUGCUGAAGAAGAUUCACCACAUUUGUACAAGGAAACAAAGGAUCUAUCUCCAAAAGAAAAAAAUCUGGAAAAAAAUGUGUUCGAUUUGGACCAUGAAUGUAGAGGGUUGAAAACAUGUAAUUCUGAUUCUUUGAUUUGGCGCCUGUCGAUUGUUUUGGUUCAUGCUCUGCAGUCACUAGGAGGCAUCAGAUCUUUCUCACAUUUGUGGUUCGAAUUUAUCCAAGAAAUGAGGUACAGAUGGGAGAAAAGUAUUCCAAUUCCUGGGCUUUUGUCGGGUUACCCUGACCUGCGAACCAACCUUCUGCACCAAAAACUGCAAAUGUUGAAUUGUUGCAUAGAACGAAAACAGUCACGCGAGAACAGUGCCGUCAAUUUUGAAUCAGCCGAAGGUUCGUCAACCGAUGAAGAAGAAUUUUUUGAUUGCGCAGAUAAACCCGAAGAAGAAUCAAAAAAGAAAGAAAAGUACUCAUUAUGGAAUCAACCUGUAGGCAGAUUGGGAAAAUUCAACAAUUUGAAAUUAUUACAAACCGGCGACCCAUUAUACAUUCCGAUAACUCAAGAACCCGUCCCAAAAAGUGAAGACCAGUUGGAAGAAGACACCGAUGUUUUACUCAAAUUAGGGUCCGAUGCCCAAGGCUCUGAACUAAGGGCUAAAAUGAUGAGCGCAUCUCUACUUUCCGACAUGGAAUCUUUCAAAGCCGCUAAUCCCGGCUCGAUUCUAGAAGACUUCAUCCGAUGGUAUUCCCCAAGAGAUUGGAUUGAAUGCGACGAACUUGAUGAAUGGGGCCAGAAAAAGGGUCAGUUGAGUUCGAGAAUGAUGAUUGAGGACAACUUCUGGGUGCAGACGUGGGAAUCGGCGAAGCCGGUACCGUCAAACAGGCAAAAACGGUUAUUCGACGACACCCGCGAGGCGGAGAAAGUAUUGCAUUUUUUGGAUUCCAGAAAUUUGUGUCAGAUUUGCGAACUGUUAAUACCCGUCUUAUGUCAUGUCGCCAUCUACAGAUUAGCAGACGAAUGUCGACAGGUUUCUAGCGAGCUGCCGGAUUCCACCGACAGAUUGCGUGCCUUAAUCAAAUCCGCGGAGAGGAUUUCUAGAGAAAAUAAGCUCCAGGUGCGACGCUUUGAAACUUUCGUGCAAGAGGUGACAGCACUGGAAUUAAAAGCGUCGGAAGUGAAGUCGCUGAUGUAUAAAUUUAAUCCGGCAGGAACUGUUGAUGGGAAUUUAUCUAAUUUAAUUGCAAAUCUAGUUAACGGACGCGAGGUGGAAAUUGCUGAUAGAGCCGAUUCCAGCCUAGGCACUAGAAUUGUUAACAUGUUUUCCGAUGCUCAAAAAGCGGCUAAUAUGAUUCUUUCUGAGCAAACGGCCGAAGACAGUAAGAGUGCUAAAGGAAAUGCGGUGUUUCCUCAGCCAAGCGAGAGGGAAAUUGUUAUGAGAGUAUCUGUGCCCAGACCGGCCACUUAUUCAGCAGAGUGUCCGCAGUCUCUACGAGCGAUCUUGAACAAGAAUGAAUUUAGAUUGGUCGGAGCUUUUUCCGAAGAUAUUGUUUUCUUUUGAAUGAUUAAGUGUAAAAUAUGUAUUACCUAAUUAUUAAAUGAUGACAAAAGUA